CUGCCGGGAUUCUCGACUUCCUCUACCCCAGAUCAUCCACGCCUCAGGACGACUGACGAUUUGAACGACGGCACGAUUUUUCUUUUCGACUACCUACCCUAUCCUUCCGUGAUUGAGGGAUCUUCGACAUAAUCAAUCUACGGUAUACCCUCGUCCGACGAAACGCGAGCGAACAAUUCCCCCCAAUGCCUGCCGGUUCAAUGGACGCCCUGGGAGCCUUCUCCCACCUCACCGAUAAUUUACCCUCAUGGAUUAACCGUAUCUCUGAUUUGGCCACCCACACCGCCGCUAAACAUGCCGAAUAUGCCGAGGCGUACAAGAAGCUCGCCGUCACACCGGGGAGACCGCGCCGUCGCAAGAAUAGCUCCGUGUGCUCCAUCCGGACCGACGAGCUGCGAAAUGCCGUCACACAAUCACCGCCUCCCGUAGAUACACCGACCCAGCAAGACCCCGAGACCCCCCAGCCCGCCUCCCAGGACCCGACGACCCCUAACCCUAACCCUCGAAAGCGCGGCACGGACGAAGCCCCAUCCUUAGCCUCUGAGGAGAACCCCUUUGUCAGCACGCGAUACAACCUAGUGAUCCAUUACGACGGGGAGACGCAGAAGUCGCUGGAGGACAUGGUGCGGAUUAUCGGGACAGCCAGGAACAACAUUCGGAGGGGAAAGAUGUCACAGAUGGGAGCGAUGCGGAGUAGUGCUCUCAGCAAAUCCCCUCGGAUGAACAGCCCGCCGCUCUCUCCUUCCGGAGAUGGGUCUGACGACCAGUUGUUGUCCCAGAUCCGCAGCAACCGGAAUCGUGGGCCUCCCCCGCAGGCUCGAGUGAUGGCCAAGAACUCGCCGUUUGAUAUGGCGGAUAGACAGUUGGAGUUGGCUCAUAGUUUGUGUGAGACUGCAGCUUACCAAUUCCUCCGAGUGGGUGAUUGCUCGGAAGAACUCCAGGGGGCGCUGGAUAAAUUCAAGGCGCUGCUCGAACUGGCCACGGGUGAAGUGCGACGUCUCACGGUGGAACAGGAAAAGGAACGUGCCGCGAAGGAGAAAGCGGCUCCACAAGUGGAAUCUGUACAGUUGACGGUUAACCCCACGAGCAACAAGGGGCCGUCAUCGGAUAUUGAGGCGAUCGAGGUGGACGACGGGACGGAAUCCGAAGAAUCGAUCGACCUGUCUGCCUUCCGAGCCCGACGAAUGAUGAUGAGGGCUUAGAAACGACAUACAGUGUUGGUUGGCCAUCCAAUACGUGGUGGCGGAAUAUUAUUCUCCAUGGGUACUCCAUUGGAGUCUGUGCCUUGGAGCAGCAUGUUUAAUUCGAGUUGUUUUAGCGAUGAUACCUGACCCCUCCGUUCAUUGAGAUUGAGAUUCACUCUCUACUUUUCUUUUCCUUUCUUUUUUUUUUUUUUUUUUAUUAUCUUUGCUUCUAUUAUUUGGUCUCUCCUUGGUCUACUGAGCGAUUGAUAAACACUACUAUUUGACAUUCAUUCGUUCAUGACGAGCAUGUUUAGCAUACCGGACUGGAGAGCGCGCGGCGUUUGCAUUGGCAUUUGACAUCCAUUGAUUUUUUCCUUUCUACCUAAGUAUAUUGUUGAUCUGAUGUGUAUAGUCAAAAAUCAGAAGUACAUACCUACUAGUAACCAGGUGAAAUCCAUGCAUCAUCUUCUAUUCUAGUAUUA